AUGCAAUCCUCUCGAUAUCCACCCCCAACUUCUACCACGCCCGCCAAUUCUUUGUCUCAAAAGAAAAACAAACCUCAAGACUUGGAUCUUCGUGCCACAUCCAACUUCAACGCGUUAGACGAGAAGGAUGAAGAAGAUGUGGAUGAUCUAAAGCCCUUUCUAAGCCGCCUAAGGGCAUGUAAAAGUUCGGCUGAUAGUUCGUUGGAUUCACCCAUGUUCAAGUUGAGAACGUCUUCGUCGAGGUGCUCUGGACGGUUUGUAAGUGACAGUUUUUAGCUUUUUGAAGUUUAGGUAUUAAAAAUAAUUUUGAAUUGUUAGGUAAGGCUAUGCCAUAAGAUAAAGCGGGUUAGGGAUGAGGAUAUAAGGCAAAUAUUUGGAAGUGUAAUAAAAGGUCGGGUAAGGUGAAAAAAAAAGCAAGGGUAAAAGAAAAAUGAAACCAGGGUAGGGUAAAGAUGAGACAAGGGUGAGAUAUAGGUAAGAAAAAGUAAAAAAGAGUAAGGCAAAGCUAAGGCAAGACAAAGGCAAAGCCAGGGUAGAAUAAAAGGCGUGAGUAAGGCAAGGGUAAGGCAAAAUUAAUGCAAGAGUAAGGCAAGAGUAAGGCAAGGGUAAUGCAAAGGUAAGACGAGGAUAAGACAUGGGUAAGACAAUGAUAAUAAAAAUGUAAGGAAAUAGUAAGGCAAAAAGUAAGGCAAGUUUAAGGCCAGAGUAAGGGAAGGGUACGGCAAGGGUAAAGCAAGAAUAAGGAAAUGGUAAGGCAAGAAUAAAACAAGGGUAAGACGAGAGUAAGGCAAAGCAAGGCAAAGGCCAAGGCAAAGGCAAGAGUAAGGAGAUGAGUACGGUGUCGGAUAGGGUAGGAUAAAGUAGGCUUGAAAAAAAAUGUUGUUUAAAAACUUAUUUUUCAGAGUGUCAAUUCACCAUUGACUCGAAGUUUCAACUGUGAUUCACCUCAUUCUUUACACCAAGCUUUCUACAAUGAUCUACAGUUAUGUGUAAGUUUACAUUUUUUUUAAAAAAAGUUAUUUUUUCUUUUGAAAUAUAAAAAAAAGUUUUUUUUAGUUUUAA